AAUUUGGGGACUGACUGCCUGUCGAGAAUGGGAUAUGGGAGAAAUGAGAGAGAAAAGUAAGGCGGAUGAUGUGAAGGAAAAUCGAAAUGUGUGGGGAUGUUUAGGCGCUGUUUUAAAUAAUAGGAUAGGAAAGGUUUCAGAUAAUUUUAAGAAAAUUUUCAAGUUUGGGUUGACGGUUGACGCUGUUCUGACUCUGAGCUCAAUCGACACUCAAACAAGUCACAACUUGUACCUUCGAAGGGUAUAUAUCUCACAGUCGGCAGCCUCUCUAUUUAAUAGGUCACUGGAUGUAGGUAGUCAUUGGGUGGGGUCGGCCCAAGCAAUACCCUCUAUUUAACACACACCUCAUUAUAAGAGAUAUAAUUACUACCUCAUUGGAGACCUUAUAAGGAGGCCCGACGUACUAUAAUUUAAAGGAGGUAUUGUCUUUAUUAAUGAAAAGCGCCUACCGGCUGUCAAUUGCCAGCAAUAAGGUAUUAUAGAAACAAUUUCAAAACAAUAACAAUUCUAUUUUCACAAAAAUUCCAGCGGCGCCGAAAAAUCCUUGGACAGUAGAAAAUGUAAAAAAAGAGGGGGAAACAGUUGUGGGGGAAACAGUUGGGGGAUAGAUUGAAAAGACAGUUGAGAAAGAAAAGGCGAAACAGUUGUGCUGCUUCCCCCUUAAAAUUAUAAUACAUUUCUAGUAAGUGUACUUAGAGUUUGGGCCAAAUAGUGUGCCUGUGAAAUUGGAAAAAAAUAUAGUAAAUAGUAGUGAUGUUCGAGAGUCAAAAAAUCCUGAGAGUCGAGAGUCG